CUGCCCCUUGGUGGGAGGAUCUCUGUGCGUUGAGUCACGCAGCUGUCAAAGAUAGCUGUCACCCAGUUUCAGGAUCAAACACACAGUCAAUGAGAAAAAGGGCUUUGAGCAGAAGGGACGCAGACAGAGAUCUCAGGUAACCCCCUUAACGUCAGGACAAGAAGAAAAACAAGCUGGUUUUAAAACGGCGUUUGGAUGAAUAAGGGUUUUCGGAUAUACACGCUGCUGGGGAUAUCUGGAGGAACUGCACUAAUAACACAAAGACUGUUUCUCUCUGCUGCGCUUUGACGAGGGAGAAAAAGUGGGCAUUUUACGCACGGAUAUGAAGACGAAAAAAGGUUUGAUGAUGCUGUCGGGGAGCGAGACGGAUGACGAGGACAGCGUGGACGCCCCCCUGGAUCUGUCGUCCAGCUCGGGGAGCAACGGGAAGAGGAAACGGCGGGGGAAUCUGCCCAAGGAGUCCGUUCAGAUCCUCAGGGACUGGCUGUACGAGCACCGUUACAACGCGUACCCCUCUGAGCAGGAGAAAGCCCUCCUGUCCAAGCAGACUCAGCUUUCCACACUACAGGUGUGCAACUGGUUCAUUAACGCACGGCGGCGACUUCUCCCAGAGAUGCUGAGGAAAGACGGCAAAGACCCGAACCAGUUCACCAUAUCCAGAAAAGGUAGCAAAGCAGGCGACAGCUUCUCCGACAGCUCCCAGUCCCCGAAGCACAGCAGCACGGCCGGUACGGAGGAGAGCUACGACAAGCGCGUCCUCCACCCCUCCAGCUUCGAACCCGGCGUCCUGAGGAAGGCGGCGUCCCCCUCCCUACCCUCUCCGACCUCCUUGUCCCCCUCCCCGGGGCUCGUGCCUACUCGCCCUUCUGUCAUCUGUCACACCACUGUCACCACGGCGAUGCAGCCCAGCCCGACAGCCUCCCACCCGUCUGCGCCGGGGAUGAACUGCGACAUCGCGGCCGAGCUGUUGCAGGCCGCGCAGAUGCAGGCGCUGCUCAGGUGCCAGGAUGAAGGGCCGCUCCCCACCACCACCUCCACCGCCACCGCCACCACCACCAUCCUCAGCAUGGAGGGCAACCUGAGCCCCCGCAGCGGGCUCUUCAACACCCCACCCCCCACCCCUCCAGACCUCACACAAGACUUCAGCGGCUUCCAGCUCCUGGUGGACGUGGCCCUCAAACGGGCCGCGGAGAUGGAGCUGCAAGCCAAGCAGCUGGUCUCCUAAAAGUGACAGAAGAAGAAGAAACUUUGUGUCUCGACUAUCCUCUGAGUUCAGUGACUUGUCUGCACGCAAAACAGAGAUCAAACCCACACGAAAGCCUGAUCAUUUCUAUUUUUGGUAUACCAAUCAAAUUGAUGAGGACGUUUUUUUAUUGAGAAACUGUAUCGAGGUGCCUUGGCUGUACGUUGUUUAUUCAUUUCACAUACAUGCGUAUGUAUCUACAUGUGUAUCUUAUUUGCACACAGGGACCAAAAAUGUUAUCGGAGAAAAUGCUGCCUGUCUUAUGUCUUUCCAUUAUACUGUAUAUCAUUUUUAGAGUUAGAAUCAGCCCUCUCCUUCACAGACCGGACCGGGUCGCGUCCACACACGUUUACUGUUAUACAUUUCAGAGAUCAGUUCAGGAUUGGUCUGCCUCGUUUGUUUGCACACUAAAGGCAGAGGAAGGUCAUCUCAGUGUCUUAAACAUACUUUCAGCAUCUACGACAAACUUAUUCACUACUGUAGUAAAUGUUAUGUGUUUUCAUGAGUAUAGUUUUGAUUUUGUAACUUUACUUUUAGCUAUUUUAAAAGAAAAAACCUAUGCUUUUGUUUGUUUUUUUUACUCGUUAUUUUCCCACCGAGGGAUAUUUCAGAUGACCAAUGUAGCAGGUUCUUAGUCGGAGCCUUCAUCCCUUCAUCACUCAGCGAAAACGACGGCCAGUGGACUGGAAAAUUCAACACUACAGAUGCUGUUUUUACAACCUGACAAAGACAGCGUUUUUUUGAAAUCACCAAAAAAAAAGUCAUGUAUAAUAGGACCAUGUGUAUAGUUAAUGUGACAUGAUGCCCAAUGAUGUGAUUUCUUUUCAUACUGUGCAAUGUUUUGUGGCAAAUAGGGGUCACAUGGGAUUCAAAUAAAGUUUUGUUUUUCUACA